CUGGAAAGACCUUUGCGUACCUUGUGCCAUUGCUUGCAAAAGUCCUAGCAAAAAAGCGGAAGAACAAGCAUACGCUACCACCAUUGGCGCUAGCGCUGCUACCAACGCGAGAGUUGUGCUGUCAGAACAAGAAAAUCUACGACUUGUUCCACCCACGAGUCCGCAGUGCCGGAGUGUUUGGAG